UCUUCUGUCACGUCCAUGAUGUCUUUCGUUGGGGAAAAAUAAAUUGAAAAGCUAAAAUAAACAAAAUAACGUUUGUAUAUAGUUGGUUAAAGAAAAAAAGUAAAUCCUUUGACAGUGACAGUCACGUAAUAGUGAUUGAAGAAGCUGCGAUUUCUCGCAAAUUCGAAAAUAAAACGAUUUAGCCGAAUUAUUCGAGUGUAUUAUAAAAUACAGUUUUUGUACAUAGCAACAGAAUGAAGUUUUUCAAGAAAUUUAUGAUGCCAUGUGGACUUUGCUCGGCUGUACCGGUCUUGAAACAAGCACCCGAUGGCCCCAAACCUUGUUGCAACGAGGUUCAAGAAAAGAAUCUAAUUCGUCCCUCAGAUCUUCCAAUUUAUACUAUCGACGAAUGUACUAAGAAUAUUCCAUGUGCUAAAAAUGAAGACUGUGGGCCUUCUGUCUUGGAGCAGGGUUUUGGAACUAUUCGAAGAAGUUUCAUGGGUGUUGUUUCACAAUAUGAACUAGUAACCGAUACCGUUAGCAACACUAUCAGCACAGGAAAAGAACACAGCGCGUUUCUCGUCGAUUAUCUUCGAGACGACCCAAGUCCUUUACCUCGUAUUGGUGCAAUUACUGUUGGAGGCUUGCUAGGAUUUUUAUUAGGAAUUCGAGGAGGAAAAUUCAAGAAAUUAGUUUACACUAGCACCGGUUCUCUAUCCGUUGCUGCCUUCAUUUAUCCUGCUCAAGCACGAAAUGGAUUAGAUCUAGCAAAACAUUACACGAAUAUUGGUUAUAACUUCGUUUACGGCGUGAAACCCGGAGAUUCAAAUCAAUUGGAAAUUCACUGGCCAGAAUUGCCAACUUCUUUGUCGGAGGUUGGAGAUUUAGUUGUUGGUGUUGGUUCCUCGGCCGCUUGCGCUGUCGUAAAUUUGACGACUAAAGCUAUAGAUGCAGUGAAACAAAAAGAGGCCAACCCCAAAGAACCAGCGUCCAAACCGAAGACAAGUUAAAUCGAAAAUCGCUGGUAGUCGAGCUGCGGAAAAGUGUAUGAACAUCUAAGUAUUCACAAAUAUCAGUAUACUUACAAAUAACGAAUCUUCUUUAACAGUAUGUAAGAAUUAU